GUUCAAUUCCUUGUCUUCAAACCCUAAACCCUCGAAGAAGAAGCAAUGAAAUUAGCUCUGCUCAGAAACAUGUCAUUUCUUGGUUGCAGAUUUCUUCAAUCUUCUGCUAAAUCUAAUACUUUUCUCCCACUACCCAAGCAGCCCUCGUACUUCUCUCUCGCUGCUUUAAUUCGCUCUCAACCCAGGUUCUACUCCACCAAUGGCGGCGGCGGAGACGACGAUGACGACGUUAGUAAGGAAGAUGGGUUUCUUGCAGAGCUAAAGAUGCGAAUAAAGAAGUUCUUCGAUGGAGAUGACGAGGCUAUACCUUCAAUUUUCGAAGGGAUUCUAAAGAGGAAGUUGACAGGGAAACAUGAUGAGAGUGAUGAUGAAUUGAUGAGAGAGAUUUGCGGUGACUGGAAACAGCCUCUAGACAAUGCUGUGGAUCAAGAAGAAUUGGAUUCUGAUUUGAGUGACUCUUCUGAUACUGAUAGAGAUUGAUACUUAUGGGAGACUAGUUGCCAGGUUAGUAAGGUUGCACAAUUUGUAA